ACUUAUCUUUCUCAACGCAAAUUCAAAUUGAAAUCAACACAAACAAACAGACCCUAAUUUCUCUUUCUCUCUCUAAUUUCAAUUAUCAAUUCGCCAUGGCUCGUACCAAGCAAACAGCUCGCAAAUCCACCGGCGGAAAAGCACCAAGGAAGCAGCUUGCCACUAAAGCUGCCCGGAAAUCUGCUCCGGCAACCGGAGGAGUCAAGAAGCCACACAGAUUCCGUCCAGGAACUGUUGCACUUCGUGAGAUCCGCAAGUACCAGAAGAGCACCGAGCUUCUUAUAAGGAAGCUUCCAUUCCAGAGGCUUGUUCGUGAAAUCGCUCAAGAUUUCAAAACAGAUCUCCGAUUCCAAAGCAGUGCUGUUUCUGCUCUUCAAGAAGCUGCUGAAGCUUAUCUUGUUGGUUUGUUUGAAGAUACUAAUCUCUGUGCCAUUCAUGCUAAGAGGGUUACUAUCAUGCCUAAGGAUAUUCAACUCGCUCGCAGAAUCAGAGGCGAGAGGGCUUAGAUUUGGUUAUUGCAAUAUUCAAAACUAGUUCUAUUGGUGUUGGUUCUUUUGCUUAGAUAGGGAUUAGGUUUAUGAUGUUAAUUUUUCUUUUUUAGUUUGCUCUGGAAUUAAUCUUCAAUGUAACAAUGCUUGGAUCUACAAUUUCGUAGUACUAUUGUAGUUAUGCAUUGCCUUGAUUUGGCAUAUAAGAUGAAUGGAUAACACUUUUCAAGAUUCA